GACCUUCCUCCCCCAGCGCAGUUCGUUGCCCUCUCUGCCUCCCUGCUGCAGUCAGACUCCAUAACUCUGAACCAGGACAGUGAAGGUUCUCCAACCGGGACCAUGUCUGGGACUCUACGACCGACCCUGGGCCUCGUGCUGCUGCUUCACCUCACGGCCGCUCACGUUUUCCUGGAUGGCAGGGAGGCCAACCAGGUUCUGACCAGGCUGAGACGGGCCAACAGCUUUCUGGAGGAACUUAAACAAGGCAACAUGGAGAGGGAGUGCAACGAGGAGCGCUGCAGCUGGGAGGAAGCACGAGAGAUCUUUGAAAAUAAGGAGAAAACUGAUGCAUUCUGGGCCGUAUAUGUGGAUGGCGACGCCUGUCUGUCCACACCCUGUGCUAAUGGAGGUCGGUGCACGGAUACGAUUGGGAGCUACAAGUGCUUCUGCAUGGAGGGAUACAAGGGCUUCAACUGUGAAAUCGUUAUCCCCAAGCUCUGUGAUAACGAUAACGGCGGCUGUGAUCAUUUCUGCCAUGUUGUCAAAACAAACGUUGAGUGCUCGUGUGCUGAUGGAUACUUCUUGGGUCAAAAUGGAAAGUCCUGUGAAUCCAAUGAGCCUUUUAAAUGCGGAGCCCUCAUCAGCAACAAGGUCCGGCGGUCGCUCGUGGACUCUGGAGAUCUGAACAUGGAAGAAGUGAAACCCCCCAAGCUGAACACCACUGCAAACUCUAUGGAGCAAAGGAACAUCCUCAACACUGAUGAUUCGUUCUGGUCCAGAAACAUCAGUAGCCAGCUCCCAGCUCCUAUUCCCAAUUUGAUGAGUUCGGGUUCCAUUGACAGGUCGGGGAGUGUUCGGAUCGUCGAUGGAGAGGACUGUCCACCAGGAGAAUGUCCAUGGCAGGCUCUACUGAUCAAUGACGACAACAUUGGGUUCUGUGGGGGAACGAUUCUGACCGAGUACAUCAUCCUGACCGCGGCUCACUGCAUGAACCAAUCACGUUACUUCUUCGUCAAAGUUGGUGAACACAACACCACUCAACAAACCGAUUGGGAAAUAUCCCAUCAGGUGGACACCAUUGUUUCCCAUUUCAAGUACAGUCCAGAAACCUACAACAACGACAUCGCACUCGUAAAACUGUCCAAGCCCAUUAGGUUCAACAGAUACAUCCUGCCGGCCUGCAUACCGCAACCAAAUUUUGCAGAAAACGUCCUGAUGCGGCAGAAUGACGGUCUGGUCAGCGGUUUCGGACGUCUUGGUGAGGGUCGAGAAGCAUCUACGAUCCUACAACGCCUCUCUGUGCCCUACGUGGACCGGCUCACCUGCAUUGAAUCCACCCAGUUGCGCAUUACUAUGCGCAUGUUUUGCGCCGGCUACGAUACAAUCGCUAAGGACGCCUGCCAGGGUGACAGCGGCGGCCCGCAUGUCACACGUUACCAUGACACCUACUUCAUCACCGGCAUCGUGAGCUGGGGCGAAGGCUGCGCACGCAAAGGGAAAUACGGCAUCUAUACGCAAGUGUCUAAAUAUAUCCACUGGAUCAGAGAGGGCAUCAAGAAGCUGACGCCCACAGGAGAGAUCAGGCAAAGGAGGGACCAUGGUGCCAUCAAGAGACAGAAGAGAGACCAUGGUGCCAUCAAGAGGCUGUACCUGUAAGCUAGCUGGGGCAACCCGCUGAGAAUGUAAUCACUUUGAAAUGGCUACGUUUUAGUCAAACAGGUGAUCAAUUUGUAAAGAGCGACAUACCUUAUCGAGUGACCACAAUACAGAUGGAGUUCCUCAGGGUUGAUACUCUAUGUACCUUCAUUUUCUGUUUUGUUUAAGCUUCAUUGUUGAUUUGAAUAUUUGGGGUUGCAAAAAGAUUUGACAUUUAAUAAAGAAAUAAAGAAAUGUGUUAAAUUUACUUUUUUCCACUUGAAAAACUGUUCAGAAAUAAUAUAUUUUCUUUAACUUGAGCUUUUCUUUAGGGACCAAGUUUCCACCGAUAGUGUUUCAGCAUCACACAAACGUAAAAACCUGCUAUUCUGAUGUAAAGGUUUGCUGGGCAGAAUUAUUAAACACCUAGAAAACACUUA